AUGGUUGCGCAGUCACUAAGCUCGCUUUUGGAGCGGGCCUCGAUUGACGAUCAUGAGGAAGUCCUCAAGUCCUGCAACGAAACCCUUAAGAAAUCCAAGUCCGAUUCGACCGCUCAAUACAUCAAAGUCAUUGCUCUGCUGAAGCUCGACCGCUAUGAAGACGCUUUGCGAGUACUGGAAGCCGGAGGUGAUGCCUUGAAGAAGCAGGCCGGCCUGGAACACGCAUAUGCACUGUAUAAAUGUGCACGAUGGGAGGAGGCUCUUACUGCGAUCACUCAGGCUAGCGCGAGUCGAGGUGCCAGCCACCUUGAGGCUCAAGUGAGUUACCGCGCUGAACAAUUCCGUCGGGCCGCCGAUAUCUACGAGAAACUCUCCCAAGACCGAGAGAGCUCUCGUUAUGAGGAGCACGAUCUCAGCAUUAACUCUUGGGCGACUGAUGCCCAGCUUCAGUGGAAGGGAGAGUCGGAACAUGUGCGUCAUCAACGGCCUUCGCGGGAGGAUUUGGAGGCUUUCGAAACGGCAUACAAUGCUGCUUGCCUGAACAUUGCCAAGGGAGAGUUUCCCCAAGCAGAGGUUCUUUUGAAACGAGCGAAGAAUAUUUGCGAGACCUCCGAAGACCUGUCGCCAGAAGACCGAGCUACCGAAAUUCUUCCAAUUGCGGUCCAGUAUCUCUAUGUGCUAAUUCGGCAAGGCAAGACGGAGGAGGCCGAGUCCCUUCUUGAGGAAAUAUCUGUGGAAAACAUCCCGGAACUUUCAACUAAGAGAAUUGCCCGAAACAAUAUCGUGCUCGCUCGCCAGACUACUGUCAACCCUUACCUCCUGUACAAAUCCCUCCACGAGACUCCCGAGGCCAUCAACAACGAUCGAUUGUUCGCUUUCCAGGAUAACACACUGCUGGGCAACUCACACGCCGCAGACCUUCUUGCUCAGAAAUAUGAUGGCAUGAUCCGAUCAACGGCAAAGGGUCUCUCCAAGAGCUCUUACCCAUCUAUUGAAGCUAGCACGAACCUUCUCUCCGUGUAUAAUGCCGCAGGCCACGCACAGGGCCAAACCGGGUCCAAAGGCCUGAAGCAGAUCCUCCCCUUAUUGGAACGACGACCAAAGGAUCUUGGUCUCCUCUUAACGGUUGUUCAAUUAUACGUCAGCGCUGGCAACACCACCUCUGCCAUUACCGCUGUAGAGCGAUCACUCCGUGCUCUGGAGGAGUCCAUCUCCGAAACCGACCAAGAAGCCCGCUUCAACCCCGGUCUUCUCAGCGUUAUUGUUUCCUUGUACCAACUUGAGGGUCGAAAACUCCAGGUCCGCACCGUUCUCGCACAAGCAGCCUCCUUCUGGCGGACCAAGCCAGAAGCUCCUGCAGGUCUUCUGCGCGCCGCCGCAAAGUCCCUCCUCCGCUCCGAUGCUUCGUCUGAUCUGGCUACAGCAGGCGACCUCUUCAAGUCUCUUUACCAGAAAGAUUCUAGCGAUCGCAUUGCCAUCGCAGGAUAUGUCGCUUCCCAAGCUACACUAGAUUACUCCCAGGUUGAGUCACAACUCGACCAUCUGCCUACCAUUGGCGAUCUUGUCUCUGGCGUGGACAUCUCUGCGCUGGAGUCAGCCGGUAUUGCGCCCUCCGCCUCUUCUAACGCGGCUGCCGCUGCCGCAUUCGCCGGUGCUCGUAAGCGCUCUGCGGCAGACAAGGAAGACCGCUCCACGAAGCGAGUGCGGAAAUCCCGUCUGCCUAAGGACUUUGAUCCUGCCAAUCCUGCCAAGAAGCCUGACCCUGAGCGCUGGCUGCCUCUGCGUGACCGCUCCUCUUAUCGGCCGAAGGGUAAGAAGGGUAAGCAGCGCGCUGCGGACCGCACACAAGGUGGACCAGUGUCAGAGAAGCAGGAGGAGUCAGCUCCUCAGCCUCAACAGCAGAAGGCUUCUGGGGGAGGCAAUGCUAAGAAGAAUAAGAAGAAGGGCAAGCGGUAG